GUGGCAGAAUGAUGCUGUCCGAACAAGCCCCAAAGUGGUUUCCAACCCACGUGCAGGUCACAGUGCUCCAGGCCAAAGAUCUGAAGCCCAAAGGCAAAAGUGGCACCAAUGACACCUACACGAUCAUUCAGCUGGGCAAGGAAAAAUACUCCACCUCAGUAGCCGAGAAAACCCUGGAGCCAGUCUGGAAGGAGGAGGCCUCUUUUGAGCUCCCUGGCUUGCUAAUGCAGGGGAAUCCAGAGAAAUACAUCCUCUUCCUCAUAGUCAUGCACCGGUCCCUGGUGGGGCUGGAUAAGUUUUUAGGGCAGGUGGCAAUCAAUCUCAAUGACAUCUUUGAGGACAAACAAAGAAGGAAAACAGAGUGGUUUAGAUUAGAAUCCAAACAAGGAAAACGAGCCAAAAACAGGGGUGAGAUAAAGGUCAAUAUUCAAUUUAUGAGGAACAAUAUGACGGCAAGCAUGUUUGACUUGUCAGUGAAGGAGAAAACAAGAUCCCCUUUUGCAAAACUAAAAGAUAAGAUGAAAGGCAGGAAAAAUGACGGGACAUUUUCUGAUACAGCUUCCGCCAUCAUUCCGAGCUCUCACUUGCCUGAUGCCAGUACUGACUUUUCAAGCGGCGAAUUACAGAUGAAAUCCAAACCAAAAAAGCCUUUCCUUCUGGGUCCUCAGCGACUCUCCUCAGCACAUUCAAUGUCAGAUUUAACUGGGGCCCAUAUGUCUUCUGAGAAACCGAAGCCUGGCACCACUGGUCAAACCCAUCUCAUUGGACACCAGAUAGAUUCCUUUGGGGCAGUUCCAGAAAGUGGAAGUCUCAAAUCUCCACACAGAAGAACAUUAAGCUUUGAUACUUCUAAAAUGAACCAACCUUACAGCAGCGUGGAUGAAGGUGAGCUGUCUUUUGGAAGACAAAAUGACCCAUUUACAAAUGUGACUGCUUCAUUACCCCAAAAAUUUGCAACACUGCCAAGGAAGAAAAAUCCAUUUGAAGAGAGCAGUGAAUCAUGGGACGGCAGCAUAAAUGUAUUCUCAAAAUCAGUUGAAGUAAGAAAGGAAAAUAAAAGAGAGAAAAGGGAGAAAGUUAGCCUCUUUGAAAGAGUGACUGGAAAAAAAGAUAGCAGAAGAUCUGAUAAACUUAACAAUGGGCUCUCCAAUAGCCCUUGUGACUUGAAAUCACCUAAUGCAUUUAGUGAAAAUCGCCAGGACUAUUUUGAUUAUGAGUCAACUAAUCCGUUUACAACAAAAUUCAGGGCUUCAAACACAAUUCCGUCUUCAAGUUUUCAUAUGAGUCUGACAAGCAACGAAGACCUCAGGAAAAUUCCGGACAGCAACCCUUUUGAUGCCACUGCAGGGUACCGGAGCCUGACCUACGAGGAGGUACUGCAGGAGCUGGUGAAGCACAAAGAGCUUCUCAGGAGGAAAGACACCCACAUCCGGGAACUCGAGGACUACAUCGACAACCUUCUCGUGAGGGUCAUGGAAGAGACGCCCAGCAUUCUCAGAGUGCCAUAUGAACCGUCCAGGAAAGCCGGCAAAUUCUCCAACAGCUAAUAAACAGCUUGCUCCACACUUACAUUUGGGGUGGGGGGUAGAAAGGAGAAAGAGAGAGAGAGAGAGAAGUAAAAACGUGUUCCUGAAAGAGACCACACCGUCAGGUUCCGUUACUAUUCCCAUUCAGUGUGGAAGGUGUGAUACCUGGUAACAUUAGCAGGGACUCUCAAGAGUGAGCUUUGGAGUGAACCAAGUAAGUAACUUGGACUUUUCAAGUGGAAAUAGACCAGGUUCUUAGCAAAUGAGCAGUUCCUUUGGAUUCACGUGGGUGCUGGCGCUGGCUAGCUACUCUGCCAUCCAGCCUAGAAAUACCUUGUGGAGUUCACGGCUUACUUCUCAGGAACAGAUGUCUCGUGAAGCAGAAAUGCUGCCUGCUGUGGCUGGUUUCUGGAAGUCAGUCUGUAAACAUAUUUCGCUGCAGGAAUAAUGCUCAUCAACACCACUACUAAACAGUUCGUCUUUUACAUAUAUCCAUGUGUACAUGGAGAAAUGCCCGUGUCUCUUUGUAUGUGAAAGACAUGCAUAUCCCUCAUCUAUCCAUGCGUUUUUAGAACACUGAAGAACUACUGGUUACCUCUUAAAGUGAGGGUACUGGUUUCUUCAUUUGAAAAGAAAGGUGUACGUGCUUUAUAGAUGCAAAGCAAAUCACCACUGCUGUUGCUACCGAUGUAUUACAAAAAAGCCACUUCAAAUCGCUCUUGACUGUGUGAACCUUGGUUUUAAAAUGAGCUGCUACAUGUAUCCCAGCAUCAGAACAUAUCUCCGGACAUAAUGUUCCAAAAAUCCCUUCUUAAAGAAUCACACAUUUUAGGAAACUUCACUAACUUCUCAGCCGCAUGAUUUGUUGAAUUGUUUUUUUUGUUGUUGUUUGCUCUUAGCACUGGAGUUUUGUUUAAGCUACACACAGAAGAUAAACUAAUGCAAUUUGUUUUGUUGCGACACUGCAUGCCUCUAACUCACUAGCAGGGGAAAUAUUAGGAGUUGAUAUCUGAAGAUAAUUUGCAGGAGGGGUGGCAGGACAGGAGUCGGUGAUUGUCUGAUGCCUGAUAGCCCAAAGCAAUGGACAAAUUCUAGGACUGAAGAAUUAGGCUUGGUUUCAAGUUACAUAAAUAAUAGAACAGAUGGUUGCAUUUUGAUCUUGAACCAAAAUUCGACUUACUAAAGGAGUCGGUUUUCAGAACAGACCUCUCCUGGCAUGACAUUAUACACUACUCAUCGAGGAUCCAUUUAUCACAAGAUGAUAAUUACUUUAAGAAAUAAUCUCCUCUCCCCUCAGCGUGUUUAUUAUUUCCAUGAAGUAUCUUUGUGUGUUUGUAUAAAAUGAAUAUGAAAUUUACAGUGGAAACCAGCGGUAUAAAAAUGUUAAUAAUAACUUAGCUGCUUGUUUUUAACCUUAAAAAUACUGUGAAACACUGAAUGUGUAUCUUCGGAAUUUAAGUGUAAGACUUGCCUCUAUGUGGAGCCAUAGGCUCCUCAGAUCUUUUAAUGAACUGCAUUCUUUUGUGUAGUACCUGUGCUACUAAGACUUCAUUAAAAUAAAGCAAGCAAGCUUUACUCACUGUCACAUUUUGAAUCCCAAAAUACUUGGGUAAACUUAUAUGCAAAAAUCUUACAUUACGUGUAUUUUCAGAUCCUCUUUAGUUUGCCUGAAAAUACACAUUUUGAAAUUUUGAAAAAGAAAUUUCCCAAAUAAAACAAUGGAAAAGAUUUUUAAUCUGGAGAGAAAAAAAAAAAAAAAAAAGCUUUUACCAAGUUUUCUCUCCUCUUAGGCAUUUUUAUAGUAACCUACAAAAAAAUCCAGUGUAGAAUUUUAUUUUCCCAUUUGAGAUCUCAGCAAAUACUAUUUUUUUAAUGUGGUGCCAUUUAAAUUGCCACUUAUUAAGUGUUAUAAAAUACUAAUUUUUCUGUUGUUAAUAUAAUUUAUACUCUUAUAUUAAAAACGUACCAAAAAUACAUUUGUUUUCAGUAUUACAGCAGAUAUCUACAGGUAUUUUAAUAUGCUUUAGCCAAUUUGGCUCUUUAUAGAAUGAACCAGUGUGUCAGUUUUAUAAUGGGGAUGUGUUUUAUGAACAGAAAUUACUUAGAAAUGUGAUUUAGGUGUGGCUGUUCUCUUCUUGAUAGGCAGAGAGAGAGAGAUAAAGUAAAAGACUACUAGUCUUUUAGUAAAACUUGCUUCAAGGGAGGGGAGAACAAACUCAAACCUGGGUGGCAAGCAUAGCAAAGCAGGACACUAACCAAGUGAGCUAUUUUGCUGACCAAAUACUGCUAUUCUUUUCAUGACAAAAUUCAUUUUUUAGGAGAGUGUUUGCUUUGAUAAAAACUUAAGCAUUAGACUCAUCUGCAUCAUAAAGAUUAUAGUCUUUAUCUUUGCAUCUCAGAUAAGAGUUAUAUUGAGAAUUGAAUCUGCACUUAUCACUGCCUCAAAAGGUUCUCUUUAUGAAUUUUUACUCAUGGCCUAAAAACUUACCGCCUAUUUUCAGAAACGUCUAAUAAACUAAAAAUAAAAAGUAAAGAUUAAUUUGCAAGUAAGCAUAUCAGUGUUUGUGGCAGAUGCGCAGAGUAGUUUUAUCUUCUAGCCUUGUCAAAAAAAAAAAAAAAAAGCCCAGAAAGAUCACCUUUAUUUACUUUCCAGAAUGUAACUUUUACAUAUUGUAGGGAUGCAUUCUGUUAGUUUAGAGAUGGAAGUGAAAUAAACACCCUCACUAAACAGUGCACAGUAUCGUAGGCUUAGAAACAUUUUACUCUCUUUCAUGUUUAAAAAAUAUACUCAAUAAUAUUCCCACAAGUAAGAAUUUGAAAACAGAUCGUACUUAUUUAUUUAUUUACUUGUAGACUUGGUGUCUCACGCAUGUGUAAUUUCAAUGCUGCAGGCUGGUUUUUCAUUCAGAUAGAGAAAGAAUGAGAGACUCCUGCAUCAGAACUUCGUCAUUGCCAAAGCAAGAUGGAUUUUAUUUUUCGGUCACUAAAUCGGUAUUUUUAUCAUACCUAUCUUGAGCUAACAUAUCUCUGUCACAUGGCUGAAAUAUUUCUAUUAGUUUUGAAACAGUAUUGUUUUGUGACGAGGUUCCAUUCUCAGUUCUAAAACUGAGCUUUGAGGGCGCCAGGGAGAGAGCACAGUAGCAGUUGCCUGAGACUGCAGCGUGGAGGGCCCUGGCAUAAGCCUGGGCUGUGCAGUGCUCUGGUCUCUUUCUCUCUGUUUUGGUGUCUCUUGUGAACAACAGCAAAUCACUAAUAAAAUUCAGCUUUGAAAGUAUUCAGCAUACCGCCCCGCCAUUUAAAUUUCAAGUUUUGUUCCUUGACUGCUGCAGUCAGACCUUUGAAUUGUAUAUAAAACAAUAUGUGUCACCCAUCAUUCCUAACAAAGCGUUGCUUUCUGUUUUUCUCUUCUCCAUUGAGCCUAGUUGUGUCAUCCCCCCACGAAAGUGGAAUCAUUUAGAAAUUAAGCAUAACUGUACCCCCUUGCUUUGGCAGUAAGUGAAGAUCCCUUGUCAUUUUCCAGUGAUAAUGUUGCCUUCUGUUGGAAGGGCUCGUGACUGAAAGCCGAAGUGAAGCUCAGCUCAGUAGUGACAGACUUGCUUUCCUCACAUCCUUCCUUCACCACUCCACCUUCACCCCCAGCCCCGACCCCACCUCCUAUCCCCAUAAGAGUGCUUAUUCUUUAACAAGGAGAAUCUUAGAAAAAGAACUGCAUAUGCCUACCUAGUGAUCCUUAUCCUAGAGCUUUUCUCUUCCUCUGUAGGUUUUUAGGAAAAACAAGUUUACCUUGGAUUUGUAAGAUGAAUCGGAAACUUUUUCAUGUCUGCGAAUUCAUAUGUCUCACAGAUAUGCUAGGUGUGUGUGUGUGUGUGUGUGUGUGUGUGUGUGUGUGUGUGUGUGUGUGUGUGUGUGUGAAGUGGGGUCUCCUGCAUGCUCAUUCACUUGACCUCAUUGAAGAAGAAGGUGUAGACCACCAUGCUGUGGGGUUGAGGCGCUAGGUGGGAGGGUCUGUCAGCAGACACUGAGAGCCCCCAUUCUCACAGAUGUAUACCUUUAAUAAUCAGAUGCAAUCAUUGCAAGUAGUUAAUAUGCAAUAGGUAACACCUUAACUAAUCUGCAUAUGAAGGGUUUUCUGAUGUAUUUAGUAAGCGUAGAAGCUCUUCAAGCGUUAAACUCAAGUUGACGUCUUAUUUCACUUAUUUUCUAUGUCAAAGCAUUCAUUCUUACAGAGGAAUUUCAGUCUGUAACAAAUGAUACAUUGGUCCUGUUAAUCUCAACUCCUGGGGACUUGUAUUUUGAGGUACAAAAAUGUUGCAGAUCUAGAAGUGUGUAUAUUCAGCAGGUAUUUGGAUGGCACAGGCUUUCUUUAUAACUGCAGAGUAUUACGUGUCUUAAGUAAAAUGCUCUAGUGACUUCUAUACAUUCUGCAGGUACAAACUCAGAACUCUGUGUAAGCAUUGCCUAAUGUGACAGUUGUAUAGUUUAUGUAAUCUGAUGCAUGUCAGAAUUUUUCUAUAUUCGAUGACUUGAUUUAUUACAGUUGAUUAAAGUGUUUAAUCUUAA